AUGCCGACCGAUAACCACGGAAAGGGUUACACGUACAAGGCUUCUGGCACCAACAGUCAGGGCAACCACUACUGUGCCCGUGACCAUGGCAGCGAUGCCCCGAGCCAGAAUUCGUACCAUUACUCUAAUCAGGAUGGCUCGUACUAUUACUCCAAUUCGGAUGGUAGCACCUACCACAACAACGGCCAGGGCGAGUCUCAGUACUCGCCUCCGGCCUCGGGCUCUUCGGGCUCGGAGUCGUCUGGCUCUAGCACCGGUUCCGAGCAGAAGUAA